CAUCAUUCAAUAUUUUUCUCCAAAUAUAAUGUCCUCAAAAUUAUCAUUUUCUUCUUCCUUCAUUCUUUUCAUCUUCAUUUUCUUCUCCAACAACAACGGAAUUGAUGGUACUACUUUUAAUUUAAUAAAUAGAUGUGACUACAACGUAUGGCCCGGAAUAUUAGCCAAUGCAGGUAGUGACAAACUGGAUAGUACCGGGUUCAUACUUGCCCCGGGUGAUUCACGGGUAUUCCAACCUCCACAACAAUGGUCGGGUCGGAUCUGGGGUCGAACCGGUUGUAAUUUCGAUCCCAACACCGGUCAAGGAAAUUGUGCCACCGGCGAUUGUAGAUCAAACCAAAUGGAAUGCAAUGGUGCCGGAGCAACUCCCCCAGCCACCCUCGCGGAAUUCAGUAUUUUCUCAGGUGUGCAACAAGAUUUCUACGAUAUUAGCUUAGUUGACGGAUACAAUUUACCAAUGGCAAUCCAAGCGGUUGGCGGGUCGGGUUCAUGCGAGACGACGGGUUGUGUGAAGGAUUUGAACCGAAUGUGCCCAAAUGAGUUACGGGUCGGGGACGGGCAAGCAUGCAAAAGUGCAUGUGAAGCAUUUGGUACCCCUGAAUAUUGUUGCAGCGGCGCGUACGGUUCACCUUCCACCUGUAAGCCGUCUAGCUACUCGGCGAUGUUUAAAAACGCGUGCCCAAAAUCGUAUAGCUACGCAUACGAUGAUCCUACGAGUACUUUUACGUGUACCGGAGCUGAUUAUACAAUAACAUUCUGUCCUUCAUUAACAAGGUAA